CUCCCAGCGAAAAAAAGAUUUCAAAGUCCAUUCUUUCGUUGUUUAUUUGCAAAAGCACCAGAUAAUAAUAUAGCUCAUGUUGAAUUAAAUCUUCAGGUUGUUACUGUGCUUUCACUAAAACUCCCAUGCAAUAUUCAUAAAACAAAGCUUAUUUUUAAAGGUCCUAGUAUUCCUAAAUAUUCAUGAGCAUUUAUUAGUUUAAUUGCACACAACUAAAUUGCCUGCAGUGCUCAGUACUUUGAUCCUUGGCUUGCCCUAUAGAUCAGAGCACUCAGGUCACCUGUACUCAUUGUUUGGCACCAUCUUAGAUUCACCUGGUGAAAAUGGCUUUACCCUGGCAACCCCUUAUUGUUCUGCUUUUAAUCAACACUGCAAGUGCACAGAGCCGUUCAGCAAAAGCAGACACUCCCCUGGCCUGGCAACCUUGGCUGGUUGGAUUCACCGCUGUCAUUGUGUUCCUCUUCAUUGUCUUUUUUGCAAUGAUAAUCAAGAAGGUUCUGCACGGAAAGAACAAGGAAACUGAUGAUUCUUGCCUUGGGUUAAACACUGAGGAAAGGAGCAAGGACAUUGAAAUGCUUGGCACCAACUCAUGCCCUGGUGAAAGGAACAAGGAAACUGAUGAUUCUUGCCUUGGGUUAAACACUGAGGAAAGGAGCAAGGACAUUGAAAUGCUUGGCACCAACUCAUGCCCUGGUGAAAGGAGCAAGAAGGCUGGAGACUCCAGCAGGGACUUAACCAUUGAAGAAAGGUAG